CUCUGAUGGAGAAUCCAGCUCCUCUUCCUCAUCCAGCAGCUCUGGAUCCUCAGACGAUUCCGAUGAUUCUGAGACAGACGACUCUGAUUCUGACAGUUCUUCAUCUAGCUCAUCCAGCUCAGAAUCAUCAUCGUCCUCGUCUUCAUCAUCUUCAUCGUCCUCAUCAUCUGAUUCUAGUUCUGAAUCAGAAUCUGGCAAAGGUGACAAAGCCAAACAAAAGAAGAAGAGAAGGAAGUCAGACUAA